CUUUGGCAACUGCGACGACGACCUCAACGCUAGCAACCCGACCUCACCAUGUCAUGGUGUCUUGACAAUACUUGAACAUAAAUGUCGUUUUGUUUUGUCAGCAGCUCGCAUUCCCGAAAAACUCUCAUGCGCUCACCGUGAUCCCUCGCACCUUCGAGAGCGGGCAACGACUCCCGGGGAAGGACGGCGAAGUGUUACAAGCAUUAUUAUUGACUGAGCCCAGUAUAAGAAGGCGCAUUUGGUAAACAAGGGUGACUCGUCCGCCGAAUAGCUCCCCCCUGCGCCCGCCGCCGCGUCUUUCGAGGGUUCCGGUCAAUGCGGGAUGCCUCCCUCAACGUCACAUCCGCCAGCCAAGCCGCCAGACUCGCCGGUCGACGACUCGGACUCGGACCUCGAGAUCGACCUCGAAGAGCUUGACCCGCAGCCCGUUCCCGAGGGCGACCGAUCCAAGACGAAGAGCCUACUAGGGAAGACCCGCGACCCGGCCGAACAACAGCCCCCUCGGAUCGCCCUGCGCACGCUCCGCAUGGGUGUUAGGGCGCAGCCACGCGGGGGCGAUGAGGAUACUGAUUCCCUGCUCAGAGACGGAGACGGAGGUAAUACUCGCUAUUCAGAUGCUAGCGCCGCGGGCGGAGACGAGGCACCGUUGCUCAGCGACCACAGCCGGAGCUCCAGCAAACGGCGGCCGUCAUUCGCCAGUGACAGCUUCCGUAGGGUCGGCCUCAGGCUUCCCAGUUUCAUGUCGGGAGGUGCUGUGGACCGGCGCGGCCAUGAGGAGGAGUUCGGGAAGGAGGACGAUCCCUCGUCGUCGAGAUUAGUCGCUGUCGGCUCGUCUCAGUCGACCCGCUUCCCGCCCAACAUCAUCUCCAAUGCCAAGUACACCGCCUGGAGCUUUUUGCCCGUCACGCUUUACAAUGAGUUCUCCUUCUUUUUCAACAUGUACUUCCUCCUGGUAGCGCUCUCGCAGGUGAUUCCAGCACUGCGAAUCGGAUACCUUUCAACCUACGUUGCCCCGCUGGCGUUUGUGCUGGUCAUUACGCUAGGGAAGGAGGCUUAUGAUGACAUCGAAAGGCGGAGGAGGGACAACGAGGCCAACUCGGAAGAGUACGCGGUGCUGCAAUUUGAUGAGCCCGGGAAAGAGGCGAGGGGCGGACGGCCAAAGAAGACCAUGAGAUCCAACCACGCAAGGAGAGAGUCGCUGCGUUAUAUCCCGGAAAGGGACAGAUUAUCGGAUAUCCAAGAAGAGGAGGAGCAGACGGAGGCGGACGGGCAGAGGCAGCGCCCGUCGUGGAUUGUGUCGGAAGUCAGCAAGAAGUCGCGGGACCUCAAGGUCGGCGAUGUUCUCAAGCUCAGCAAGGGUCACCGUGUGCCUGCCGAUGUCAUCAUUCUGAAGUGCUUGUCGAACGAUCCAGCUGCCCAAAGAAGCGAGCAUGAGGGCCCGUCCCAAGAAGAGUCAUUAUUGCUGGACCAUGCGGCGGAUGCUGGGGAGAGCAGCUCGACGCUGCGGCCUCCUGUUGAGGACGGAGCUGCUGAAGGGGGCUCGAACGGAGAGACAUUCAUCAGGACGGACCAGCUCGACGGCGAGACGGAUUGGAAGCUACGGUUGGCUUCUCCCUUGUCACAGAAGCUGCCGACGGAGGACUUGGCCCGCCUUCGGGUGACCGGAGGGAAGCCAGACAAGAAAGUCAACGAAUUCGUCGGCACCCUGGAGCUCUUAUCCUCACGGCGGGAUGCCAUGAGCACUACCGCCUUCUCUCAAGAUGACGGUGUCUCCAAGGCGGCACCCCUCUCCAUCGACAACACAGCAUGGGCGAAUACUGUCAUCGCUUCUCACGCCACAACCCUGGCAGUUAUUGUGUACACCGGGCCACAGACUCGCUCUGCCCUAUCCACAUCGCCUUCUCGUUCCAAGACGGGCCUCCUGGAAUACGAGAUUAACUCCCUCACCAAGAUUCUCUGCUUCCUUACUCUCGCGCUCUCCAUUAUUUUGGUCGCCUUAGAGGGGUUCAGUAACACGAAAGGCAACAUUUGGUACGUCAAGAUCAUGAGGUUCCUCGUCCUGUUCUCGACCAUUGUACCCAUCAGUCUGAGAGUCAACCUCGACAUGGGAAAGAGCGUCUACUCUUGGUUUAUCCAGAGAGACCCGGGAAUCCCCGGUGCUGUUGUGCGGACCAGCACGAUUCCCGAGGACCUCGGGCGUAUCGAGUACCUGCUCAGCGACAAGACGGGGACGUUGACUCAAAAUGAGAUGGAGAUGAAGAAGAUCCAUGUUGGCACCGUAUCGUAUGCCAACGAUGCUAUGGACGAAGUCUCAGCCUACGUGAGGCAAGGCUUCCAUCUGCCUCCGUCUGCGGACAAUCAGGCGCUCGCGACUCCGUCGACAUCCGUCUCAUCCGCCGCGAAUGUCGGGGCUACCAGAACACGACGCGAGAUCGGCUCUCGUGUGCGCGACGUCGUUCUUGCCCUCGCACUCUGCCAUAAUGUAACGCCAACCACGGAAGAGAACGAGGACGGCCGGAUGGUGAACUCGUACCAGGCGAGCUCUCCGGACGAGAUUGCCAUCGUCCGGUGGACCGAGUCGGUCGGCCUGCGUUUAGCGUAUCGUGACCGCAAAAGCAUCGUGGUCGAGUCCACCGAGACGGGCCGGACGGUGGUCAAAGUUCGCAUACUCGACAUCUUCCCUUUCACCUCGGAGGGCAAGCGGAUGGGCAUCAUUGUGCAGUUCUAUGAGAGGCUGCAGCCCGGCAUCCCCGACAUAGGCUCGGGCGAGAUCUGGUUCUACCAGAAAGGCGCUGACACCGUCAUGGGCUCUAUCGUUGCAGCAAAUGACUGGCUAGACGAGGAGACGGCAAACAUGGCGCGUGAAGGCCUUCGGACGCUGGUGGUGGGCAGAAAGCGUCUUUCGGCGGCCGAGUACCAAGAGUUUUCCAUCAGAUAUCAGGAGGCGUCCUUAGCCAUCAGCGGCCGCGAGUCCGGGAUGCAGGCGAUCUUGCUUGGCGUCACCGGCGUGGAGGACAAGCUGCAGAAAGACGUCAAGCCGUCGCUAGAGCUGCUCCGCAACGCUGGCAUCAAGAUCUGGAUGCUAACGGGCGACAAGGUCGAGACGGCACGCUGCGUGGCAGUCAGUUCCAAGCUGCUGAGACGGAAAGACGCCGCGCAGGAGAAUCUCGAUCUGCUCCGCAGCAAAACGGACUCCUGCCUGCUCAUAGACGGCGAGAGCCUCAGCAUGUACCUGACACACUACCGGACCGAUUUCAUCUCGGUCGCUGUCCUCCUGCCCGCCAAGGCCGAAGUGGCCAAGCUCAUCAAGGAAUACACCAAGAAGCGAGUGUGCUGCAUCGGCGACGGCGGGAACGACGUGUCCAUGAUUCAAGCGGCGGAUGUCGGUGUCGGCAUCGUCGGCAAGGAAGGCCGCCAGGCCAGUCUUGCCGCCGACUUUUCCAUCACGCAGUUCCACCACCUCACUAAGCUGCUCGUGUGGCACGGGCGGAAUAGCUACAAGCGCAGCGCGAAGCUGGCGCAGUUCACGAUGUACAGCAUCGCGCUCAAGUUCGAACCGGAGGGGCUUUACAAGGACUGGCUCAUGGUAGGCUAUGCGACCGUCUACACGGCGGCACCCGUCCUCUCGCUCGUCCUCGACAAGGACGUGGACGAGAACCUAGCCAACCUGUACCCGGAGCUCUACAAGGAGCUGACCUCGGGCCGCUCGCUGUCGUACCGCACCUUCUUUGUGUGGGUCUUCGUCUCGAUCUACCAGGGCUGUCUCAUCCAGGGGCUGUCGCAGGUGCUGACCGAAGUGGACGGCCCGCGCAUGGUGGCGGUCAGCUACACGGUGCUGGUGCUCAACGAGCUACUGAUGGUGGCCAUCGAGAUCACGACGUGGCAUUGGGUCAUGGUGCUGUCCAUCGUCGGGACCUUCCUGAUGUUUGUGGGGUCCAUUCCGUUCCUGGGCGGGUAUUUUGACUUGGAGUUUCUCCUGACUAUAGGAUUUUACUGGCGAGUUGCUGCCAUUGGGGCCAUGUCGUUGAUUCCCACGUACGCGGCGAAGGUUAUUCAGAGGACCAUGAAGCCGCCUUCGUAUCGGAAGGUUCAGGGGAUCUGAGGUUGGGCGGACUAUUAGGUAGUAGCAGCAUGGAUCGGCGUUAGUGGUGGUAGUAGAGCUAACGCGCAAUUGAACGUUUUGUAUGCAAACCGCCU